AUGUGGCCCACCACUGAUUUCCCAGAUGUCAUGCCUCCACAUAAAAGGAUUAUGCCUGGGCGACCCAAGAAAAAGAGAAGGCUGGAACAAUGGGAGUUGAGGAAAGAUGACACCCAAUUACGAAAAGGUGGCCAUAGAAAAAGAUGUAGAGUUUGUCAUGAACUGGGGCACAAUAGAACAAAUUGCCCACAACUGCCUACACAAGGACAGUCCUCACAGCCAACUGAUGCUCCUCCACAACCAACCCAGCCAUCUCAAGAGCCAAUUUCUGCUACUCCACAACCAACCCAGCCAUCUCAGGAGACAAUUUCUGCUACUCCACAACCAAACCAGCCAUCACAGGAUCCAACUUCUGCUCCUCCACAACCAACCCUGCCAGUCUGA